GAAAAAUAAUAGUAUAAUGAUGACAAAUAUUAUGAAUGGACAAUUAAAAAUAGAACUUAAUAUCAGUACUACAAUGAUAAAAUCAUAUCUUAUAAAUUGAAAAUAGCAUAACAUUUAAAUGACAAAAACAUGAUAAACAAUUUAUCAACAAUUUAACAAGUUCAUAAAUUUAGACAGAUAUAAUGGCCUUUAAAAAAAUGUACAAAUAUUUGAAUAUUAUUUUUUCUUUCAGACAAUGUGUUAAUGUGACACUUAUAUCUGAGUUAGUCAAAGGACCCACACCAGACUUGCAGCAGCUAUCAAGAAAGCUUCAAACUAUUCUGGAAACACUUAAGAAACUUGAGAACAAUUGGAACUGCAACAUGCAGUCUUUGCCCGCUUCAUACACCAAACAAUUGCAUGAAAUACGUCAAACACGUCAGAAAAUAAAUGCAAUUUUAGAUGAAAUGGAAAAGACCACCAUUAAUGAACUAGAUGAAAGGAUGACCAGUCUGAAAGCGUCUAUCAAGACCGAUGUAGAUAAUUGUAAUAAGAUUAUGAUCAAACUGAAACAACUCGGUGAUGUUAUUCAUGACAUUGUUGAUAAGGGCAAAGCUGAACUCACAUUUAUUGCAAGUAAGAAAUGUCUAGAAAAAAUAAAGCAGUCUGAAACGUACCUGAAGAAGAACACUGUUCUGGUAGAAAGUUCACUGACAUUCCAGGCAGACAUUAAUGUUCUACAUUACUUGACUGGACUGUCAGGUCUGGGAAAGGUUAUUUUCAGUACCAAGGUAUUAUCAGUGCUAGGUGACCCAGACCAGGUAUUCAAAGUGCAAGGAAAGUCAGAGUAUGAUGUGAGCCUACCAAGUGAUACAGAGAAGAGCUUCAAUAUCAGUGCCAUCUGUGUUCUCUCUGAUGAUCAGAUUCUUGUUGCAGAUUUUGAUAAUAAACAAGUUAAGCUACUCAAUCAUCAAUACCAGGUGGUGGGACAUUGCGAUUUAACUGGCUAUCCAUUGGACAUGUGCCAUAUCGCAUCAGGUGAGGUGGCUGUUGCUGUGGAUGACGAUAAGACACAUGAGGUCCAGUUUGUCUUGGUGAAUGAUGGGCGACUGGUUAAGGGCAGGAAGUUACAGUUUGAACAUGGAUGUUAUGGGAUUGCUCAUGAUGGGACAAACCUGUAUCUCACCACUGGCACUGCCCUUUUCAAGCAUUCAUUGACUGCAGACCUGUUCAGUAAGGUCUAUGAAGAUACAUCAGGCAGAAUGACAGUAUCUAAUUGUGCAGUGAGUCCAUUGGGUGACAAGAUAUUUGUCACCAGCCCAGGUAAAAGCAGACUCCUCACCUUGGCCAGAGCUGGCAAAGUUCUCCACACUUUCAGAGACCCAGACCUACAUGGGCGAGGUGGUAUACAUGUUACCGCUCAGGGACAGGUGUUGGUCUGUGGAUUUUAUUCGGACACUGUCUUACAACUGGAUGGGGAUGGCAAGAAGAAGCUGGCAACUCUUGCUACCAGGAAGGAUGGCCUUGAUCGCCCAUGGUCAGUCUUCUACAACAGGCGUACAGAAUCCAUCAUUGUGGGACAGUAUGACUCCAAAAUUCUGGUGUAUAAAGUAUAGUGCUUUUGUGUGCCAUUUGUUUCCAUGAAAUAUGCAUAUGAAAAUGUACUUAAUGCAUGUACAUACAAUUUAUGGCAGUGUUAUGUUUCAUUACAUAAUUCUUGCUGGAUGAUUUAUUGUAUUAACAUGCAAUUUAAAACAUGCUAUCAUGUGUGGGAGAAUUAUAUGUACAUUUGAUUUGCAUAGCAUCAGUACAUUGUUAUAGAUCAAUGUAAUCAAAAAGAAUAGAAUGUACAAACAUGAUUCACCUGUAGUGUCUGUUAUGCUCUACUGUAUUUGAGUGUUACAUUAAUAUACAUCUAUAAACUGACAAAGAAUAGUAUAAACAUACAUGAUUUACCUGUUUGUUAUGCUCUACUGUAUUUGUGUGUAAUUGUUAUGUAAAGAAAAUAAAAAUUGUGCAGUUAUAUAUGCUGA